GUAUACAAAAUUCCCACACAAAAGCACAAGAAACAAAAGAACUCCCAAACACACACAUAACAGUUCCCAUGGUUUCCAAGGCGACGAAGGAGAACGUUUUCCAUGGAAACAGCAAUGGCAAUAGUGUUAGUAUUGAUGAGUUGUUCAAAGCUCAAGCUCACUUGUAUAGAGUAAUGGCAAGUUACACCUUACCAAUGUGUGUGAAGUGGGCCAUCGACCUUUCCAUACCAAACAUCAUCCAUAACCGCCAUUCCCAUUCCAUUUCCCUCUCCGAUCUCGUGUCGGCUCUUAACGCUCCACCACCAAAAACUCAAUAUGUCCAGCGCAUCAUGCGCUUGUUGACACACGACGGUAUAUUUGCCGUCGUGGUCAACCAAGAAACUAAAGAAGAAGAAUAUGUUCUUACUCCCACUUCUGAGCUCCUUGUAAAGGGCACUGAUCAUUGCGUCUCGGCCAUGGCCGAGUACAUUAUUAACCCAACUACGGUUGGGUUUUAUAAUUAUUUGGCUAAAUGGACUUGCGACGAGAAGGGACAAACAACUGUUGAAACUGCUUUAGGGUCUUCCGUUGGCUACUGGGAUUUCAUUCAUGAAAAUCCUAAGGAGUUGAAGAUUUUCAACGAUGGUAUGGAGAGUGAUUCAAACGUUGUGAGGUUUGCUUUGAGGGAUUGUAAAUCGGUGUUUGAAGGGUUGGAUUCGUUGGUUGAUGUUGGUGGGGCCACUGGUAACACUGCUAAGAUCAUUUGUGAGGCGUUUCCGAAGCUGAAAUGCACAGUGUUGGAUCUUCCACAUGUUGUUGCUGGUUUGCCUGAAACUGAAAACUUGAAAUUUUUUGGAGGGAGCAUGUUUGAUUUUAUCCCUCAUGCUGAUGCUAUUUUAUUCAAGUGGGUUCUGGGCAAUUGGAGCGAUGAUCAUUGCAUACAAGUCCUAGAAAAAUGUAAGGAAGCAAUUUCAGGAAAAAGUGGCGGAGGAAAAGUGAUUAUUAUUGACAUAGUAAUAAAUGAAAAUGAAGAUGAGCAUGAUGUGAUGGAACUAAAACUAUUUUCUGAUAUAGCUGCAAUGACUCUUCUUGAUGGAAAAGAGAGAGACGAGAAAGAUUGGAAAAAACUCUUCUUCAAAGCAGGCUUCAAGAACUACAAAGUGUUUUCCAUAUUUGGCUUUAGGUCGCUUAUUGAGGUUUAUCCUUAAUUAAGGAGAUCAU